AUGCCGCCGAUGGCCGGCGCGAGGGCCGCCGACUCCAAGUCCUUCUGCAUCGAGGCCCUGCUGGCCCCCAGGGGGUCCCCCAGGGGCUCGCCGGUGGCCCCCCAGCCCCCGCCCCUGGCCCUUCCCGUCUUUGCGCACCACCCCCUGUACGGGGGCUACGCCGCCGCCCCGGGGCCGCCCGGAUUCCACCUGAGCAGCGCCUUUCACCAGCCCCUGGCCGAGGCAGGACUCAAGGCCGGACACUUCGAGUGGCUCGCCCGGACGGGCAUGUUCUAUCCCCGACCCGGAGACGGAGCAGGUGAGUAUGAAUGUGUGGGUGGGGGCGGCGUCUUAGGUAAGACCCGCCGCCCGCGGACAGCGUUCACCAGCCAACAGCUCCUGGAACUAGAGAACCAGUUCAGGAUGAACAAGUACCUCUCCAGGCCCAAGAGGUUCGAGGUCGCCACCAACCUCAUGCUCACCGAGACGCAGGUCAAAAUCUGGUUCCAGAACAGACGCAUGAAGUGGAAGCGCAGCAAAAAGGCGCAGCAGGAGUCCAAGUCCCGGACGGACUCCGAGUCCAACAGCAAGAACUCCUCCGUUCGAGGUCCGGACGUAGUCCUGGAACAUUCCAAGAGGACCUCCGACGAGGAAGAGGAACACGAAGAAGUCCCCUCCUCCCCUUUCUGCGACUCCUCGGACCACACCCACCACGCCCACCUGCCCGGCUGUCAUGCGCAGAUGGACAUCAACGGGGACUGCGCCAGCGACACCAGCCCCUGCCCCUCCCCCAAAGACACCAUAUACAGGCCGUACAUCGUCUAG